AUGCCGGACAGACAAGAUGCUAUGGAGGAGGGGGAGGGGAACGAGGGGAGGGAGAGAGAGGAGGAGAGAGAGGAAGAUGACAGUGAAGGCUCAUCAUACGAGCAUGAAGAGGAUGAGGAGGUUGAGAACGCAGACUUAGAUAGCGACACGAUGGUGUUGAUAGACUUUGAUGCUGAAGAGAGCGGGGAGCAUGAUACGGGGGACGACGAAUCAUCGUUCCCUUCGGACGAUGAGGAGCACAGCAUGAACGAAGAUGGCGAUGUGAACGAGGAGCUCUCUCGGAGACGAACUCAGAUGCUGGAGAGCAUGAACUACGACCCCAACCUUCCAGCAGCCCAUACCUACCUUGGGGAGAGGUCUACAGCCUCGGGCGAAGUGAUAGGCAUCUGCAAGGAUGGAGACGUUCUGGACGUCCCUGUAGUCAGAGCAAGUCGCAUCAUCAUGUUCCCUGGUCAGAGUGUGCCCAUGAUGGAGUCGAACCCCCGGCUGGUCAACCUGCUGCUGAGGAUCUUGAGCGACCCCAACGAGAGGAAGCUUGUCUUCGUCAACGAGGCCAUCGCGCAGAAGGUUUGGAACCUCGAGGACCCUGCAGGAUCCAUAGGGACUACAGCAGAGAUCCGCAGCUACUGCCACACCCCCGAGGCGCUCAACAUCGUCCUGGAGGGGAGGCAACGGGUUCGAGUGCAGAAGGUCGUGGUUGUUGAGCACGUCCUCCGUGCUGUUGUCGAGGUCUUGCCCGAGUCGUCGCCUCCAUCCGUUCCUCGCUCGCUUGCCCUUGUCAACACGAGAGCUCGAAGCUGCAGGCGCGAUCGCUGCCAACCAUCCUUCCUCUUCUGGCCCAUGUGGGCGUUCAACAUGUACGAUGCUGUAGAGCUCUGCGAUAGAGCGAAGAAGCUCUUCUCAGCCAUCACAGGCAACAUCCCGGUUGCCUGCCCGCAGCACCCUGUCGCCUUCAGUUUCUGGUUGUCAUCGAAUCUUGUCCUGAAGGUUCUAGAUCACCAGAAGCUGCUGGAGGCGCAUUCGACCGUAGCAAGGCUCAGGAUGCUGAUCAACUUUCUCGAGAGGAUGGGAGCGAUGACUUGCAUUCGGUGCCGGAUCAACAUCUGCGACUACAAGCAGUCUUUCUGCAUGUCUGCUGAGGGGCCAGUGAGCGUCUACGUCAAUCCAGCUGGAGUUGUUCACUCGACUGUCACUUUCUACGCGGCGAGAAAUCUCAGACUCAUCGGGGAAAGGAGCACGCAACAUUCAUGGUUUCCUGGUUAUGCAUGGAGGAUUGCUGUCUGCGCAAACUGCGGGACUCAUAUGGGAUGGCGCUUCUCCUGCGUGAAGGAAGACUCCAUCCCCAGAUCCUUCUGGUCUAUCUUCACUGACUUCACUCUCCCUAUCGCUGAACUCGUCGAGCAGGGGAUUGUGCAGGGAUUCACUUCGAUCGUCAAUGGAUGCGACAGCGUGAAGAGAGAGAGAAACGGAUCCUAA